GCCAACGUCCUCGACACAAGCUCCCUCGUCUCUUGCAUGCUGCUUUUGAGCGGGACGAGAGACAAUAUAAUUAUGGACCAUCUUAUUACGCAUCUGCGUACGCAUUUCGUCCUCUACUGAAAAGUUGGGUAGGACUACCUUCAGGGUCGUAGAAAUUUGCAAGUUAGAGUACGACGAGUACAACUAGCACCAGUUGUACUUUCAAAUCGUUUCUGAUAUAUUUACUCAAGACAUCUUGAUCCGCUGAGAGGCAUUUCAGUUCUUCCUCUUCUGCUUUCGUUCAUCUUCGGGUAUUCCUCUAAAAAUCAGAAAGGUCGUGACGCUCAUUAUCCUCCCCACGACAUCACCAGAGGCGCUUCCCACUACGUGAGUGUAUUACAGUAAUUUAACCGUUCUGGCACCUAUCUCUCGCCGAACCCGUUGAUGUCUCAAGACUCAAGGGGCAUCUUUCUCUGUGGACUUCUCCUUUUUUCAAGAGUAGUAAUUGUCAAACCAUACACUUAAGGGAAAAAAUGCAAGCGAGAGAUGCUUUUUCGGCAGGGUGAAUGCAAUUAUAGGGAUGCACUGGAGAAAAUUCAACUAAGGACUGCAAAAAUCCGGACAAAGUUCAAUCUUCUCGGGCAUGAUAUGAAUCCGCAGAACACUCGCCGCCUACUGCGCUCCCUUCUGGAAAACCCUCACCCAAUUGCGAGCCAAGAACCUCGGGCGCGCUCCAAAUCCCCGCGCCCCUCCAGAAUCCCCCAGCAUACAUUUGCAGGCUGGUGCGGUGGACUCUGGAGGGGCGCGGGGAAUCACAUGAAACGAAACCAAAAGACAGAAAAACCAAGAGGAAGCAAGUUGCAAAAGCCGCUAAGCGGAGCACUUCCAGGACGAGGAGGCGACAAUAGUGACCGUUUUUGUGCAGUUCUUAGUUGACUUAGCGCCAUUCUAAUCAGCCAUCUGCGGAAGCACCAGAGGCACAGCGAGCACGCCACACCAUCGAAACUUAACAAAAAGAGGAGGCGCGAGCCCUUUGGAACUCAAGCGGCAACCGGUCCAGCCCUUCUUGAGAAAUGCCACGAAAUUGAAUAAACCUCUCUAUUGUUUGCCGCUUUCCUGCUCGCAAGGCCAUUUUUGGAAAAAAAUCUGAAGACAUCUUUUCACUUUUUUCAUCAAAAAUGGCCUAGCGAGCAGGAAAGCGGCAAACAAUAGAGAGGUUUAUUCAAUUCUGGCGAAACCCCCGCAAACUUCCCCGCUGAAAUACUUCAAAAGAGUGCGAACAACGCCAGCAAACCCCCCCGACAAUCUGCGCACAAACGGCGGCGCGCGUGAGUGGUCUGACCAUUUGAAGGCGGCAGCGCGUCGCUUCUCUUUGUAACUAAUCCCACCCGGCGCGAGAGCUUCGGGGCGCCGGGUGGUCAAAAGUCCAACACUUAACAACAUGAAAAGACCCAAGAACGAAGAACCUCGGGCGGAGUGUCUCAAACCUUUCCGAUUAUGGCGAAAAAUUCGACCACAGACAAGUGGAGUUAGAAUGGAGAAAAUUCAACUAAGGACUGCAAAAAUCCGGACAAAAUUCAAUCUUCUCGGGCAUGAUACGAAUCCGCAGAACACUCGCCGCCUACUGCGCUCCCUUCUGGAAAACCCUCACCCAAUUGCGAGCCAAGAACCUCGGGCGCCCUCCAAAUCCCCGCGCCCCUCCAGAAUCCCCCAGCAUACAUUUGCAGGCUGGUGCGGUGGACUCUGGAGGGGCGCGGGGAAUCACAUGAAACGAAACCAAAAGACAGAAAAACCAAGAGGAAGCAAGUUGCAAAAGCCGCUAAGCGGAGCACUUCCAGGACGAGGAGGCGACAAUAGUGACCGUUUUUGUGCAGUUCUUAGUUGACUUAGCGCCAUUCUAAUCAGCCAUCUGCGGAAGCACCAGAGGCACAGCGAGCACGCCACACCAUCGAAACUUAACAAAAAGAGGAGGCGCGAGCCCUUUGGAACUCAAGCGGCAACCGGUCCAGCCCUUCUUGAGAAAUGCCACGAAAUUGAAUAAACCUCUCUAUUGUUUGCCGCUUUCCUGCUCGCAAGGCCAUUUUUGGAAAAAAAUCUGAAGACAUCUUUUCACUUUUUUCAUCAAAAAUGGCCUAGCGAGCAGGAAAGCGGCAAACAAUAGAGAGGUUUAUUCAAUUCUGGCGAAACCCCCGCAAACUUCCCCGCUGAAAUACUUCAAAAGAGUGCGAACAACGCCAGCAAACCCCCCCGACAAUCUGCGCACAAACGGCGGCGCGCGUGAGUGGUCUGACCAUUUGAAGGCGGCAGCGCGUCGCUUCUCUUUGUAACUAAUCCCACCCGGCGCGAGAGCUUCGGGGCGCCGGGUGGUCAAAAGUCCAACACUUAACAACAUGAAAAGACCCAAGAACGAAGAACCUCGGGCGGAGUGUCUCAAACCUUUCCGAUUAUGGCGAAAAAUUCGACCACAGACAAGUGGAGUUAGAAUGGAGAAAAUUCAACUAAGGACUGCAAAAAUCCGGACAAAAUUCAAUCUUCUCGGGCAUGAUACGAAUCCGCAGAACACUCGCCGCCUACUGCGCUCCCUUCUGGAAAACCCUCACCCAAUUGCGAGCCAAGAACCUCGGGCGCCCUCCAAAUCCCCGCGCCCCUCCAGAAUCCCCCAGCAUACAUUUGCAGGCUGGUGCGGUGGACUCUGGAGGGGCGCGGGGAAUCACAUGAAACGAAACCAAAAGACAGAAAAACCAAGAGGAAGCAAGUUGCAAAAGCCGCUAAGCGGAGCACUUCCAGGACGAGGAGGCGACAAUAGUGACCGUUUUUGUGCAGUUCUUAGUUGACUUAGCGCCAUUCUAAUCAGCCAUCUGCGGAAGCACCAGAGGCACAGCGAGCACGCCACACCAUCGAAACUUAACAAAAAGAGGAGGCGCGAGCCCUUUGGAACUCAAGCGGCAACCGGUCCAGCCCUUCUUGAGAAAUGCCACGAAAUUGAAUAAACCUCUCUAUUGUUUGCCGCUUUCCUGCUCGCAAGGCCAUUUUUGGAAAAAAAUCUGAAGACAUCUUUUCACUUUUUUCAUCAAAAAUGGCCUAGCGAGCAGGAAAGCGGCAAACAAUAGAGAGGUUUAUUCAAUUCUGGCGAAACCCCCGCAAACUUCCCCGCUGAAAUACUUCAAAAGAGUGCGAACAACGCCAGCAAACCCCCCCGACAAUCUGCGCACAAACGGCGGCGCGCGUGAGUGGUCUGACCAUUUGAAGGCGGCAGCGCGUCGCUUCUCUUUGUAACUAAUCCCACCCGGCGCGAGAGCUUCGGGGCGCCGGGUGGUCAAAAGUCCAACACUUAACAACAUGAAAAGACCCAAGAACGAAGAACCUCGGGCGGAGUGUCUCAAACCUUUCCGAUUAUGGCGAAAAAUUCGACCACAGACAAGUGGAGUUAGAAUGGAGAAAAUUCAACUAAGGACUGCAAAAAUCCGGACAAAAUUCAAUCUUCUCGGGCAUGAUACGAAUCCGCAGAACACUCGCCGCCUACUGCGCUCCCUUCUGGAAAACCCUCACCCAAUUGCGAGCCAAGAACCUCGGGCGCCCUCCAAAUCCCCGCGCCCCUCCAGAAUCCCCCAGCAUACAUUUGCAGGCUGGUGCGGUGGACUCUGGAGGGGCGCGGGGAAUCACAUGAAACGAAACCAAAAGACAGAAAAACCAAGAGGAAGCAAGUUGCAAAAGCCGCUAAGCGGAGCACUUCCAGGACGAGGAGGCGACAAUAGUGGCCGUUUUUGUGCAGUUCUUAGCUGACUUAGCGCCAUUAUAUUGGUGAAAGUGUUGAGUAGUGAGGUCUAAAAGUGACAGGCUGUGCCGUGCCUUUGACAGUCACGAUGUUAUGGGUUUACUCUUGACGGCCGUGACGUUUCCCGAACGAUUGGCAAUAUAGAACGACGUGCCCACAACUUAAUCGCAACGGAUUUACUACCCGGAUUAAGAGGGGCAGAGUUGCCAAGACUCUUUUGUCGUGUUUGGUGUGGCCUAUUUGGUGCAACGUCAGUAGGGAACCGGAGCAAGCGGGAGACUCUUCAACGCCAAGUGGCGAAAGGCUUGAAGAAGUAUGUCAGAAUGCGUAGGAUAUCUUCAUGGACAUGACAGUGCCUUUGGAUGCCAAUGGCAACCCAGUGGACGCGGAAGCUGUCUUCCUCAGCCCUGAGUUCAUGUCGGUCAUCGCAAAUGGCGUGUACGCCUACAUCGGGAACGCGACAGGCAAUAAUGCUUCACUGAUUUCUAGCAUUUUCGUGGUCGGAUUGGAACCAAAGUCCAUCAUUUCCACGACGCCCCAUGCUCGCAGUUACGCUAACGGAACGACGUCUUCGACUCAAAUUCGACUUUCCAAGCGUCGAAAGACUUGAAGAAGUAUGUCAGAAUGCGUGUGGACAGAACGCUGAGGCAAGACUCCUUCUUUGUUCAAAGACCAACAUUUGGGGAAGCGUCCGUGGGUGGAUCUUCUUGUAGUUAAGUCUACAAAAAAUCCAUCUUCAGCAGCAUCCACCCUGGCCCCGCUUUUAGAGGACAACGAACCACGGGGGACGAAGAUGCUGGUGAAGAUGGGUCUCUCUUAGUUCUAAUCUAGCGGUUCUCAAGUAGCCGAAAGGAUAAGUAAGAACACCAACAGCCCUCCGAGUGCCAGCGCCUCUUCUCAAGCCGACAGGAGUAGAAGCAAUAGUCCAAAUGCCUCCUCUAGGCCCAUGGAGAAAACAUCUCCAAACGGUUGGAAGAGAGCACUGUCGCGAGUCAAACGUGCGAGUACGUCAGCAACUACGACAGGACAGCAAAUUAUGAGUGUAAGCAAUGCAUCUCCAAGACCAAAGUCAUCUGGACCAAGAAAAUGUGAAGGAAAGCAGAUCCAGAUGAUGACCAGCGCGAUGCCUUCCCAGCACCUUUAAACAAAGCAGAUUUGACUCUGGAGGGUCAUGAUUGGGUCGUUCAGUGGAUAGUUUAGCACCACACGACGGAAGCGACGUAGUACUCGCAUAACUAGAUGAGCAUCAUGAACUUGAAGAUGAGCGUGAACUUGUGGUUGAGCAUGAUCAUGGAAGUAGUAGAACGAGGAACAAAGUAAUUAUAGAACGUGUUGAACAUCAACGAACCUGUAAAAAACUCGUGCUCUGGUACUUUCGAACACGAGUAUCAUCAGCAAACAGCAAAGAUCUCCUUUGCACAACGAUAUUUGGAGAUGGACUCGAAGCGGGAAAAUCAGAUGGCGGUACAGCUAGUGGUCACUUAUUGGAAAGGCCUGUCUGCCGUCUCCUGGACACGAGCUCCUGUGUAGAAGCAGUUGUCUGCGACGAUGAGGAUGAUGUGGUAAUUAUGAAACAAAAAUGCACUAUAGUAGAUACCUUCUUUGUUUGUUUUUUCGGUUUUUUCCUAGUUAGGUUGGCUCCAUGACGAUUAUCAUUGUUAUCACCCUUCCAGGUAGGUCUAUGGAUUCUUGUAUGGGAAUGGGAUGCUGCCUCAAGUAGUAGUGCAAAUUAGUUACAACUGUUAUUUUAUCUAUCGUCUGCUUAGUUAGGUGCUUUGAGGUCUAAAAAAAAUAUUUUUGCUCUUCUCAAGCUCAAUCUCAUACAACUUUUCUACUUACUACAACUGUUGUAAUUAUAGUAUAAGUAUCUUGAUUAUCCUCAAUUAUCUCAUACCACUUAUUUUCUACUAACUAUUAAAAUUAGUGUAUUCUAGUAUAAUUCCUCUUAAUCUCCUUUUGAUCUCUCUCUCCUUCAUCCUUUAACCAUUCUGGCACUUCUCUCGCGCGUAGCCCGUUAUUCUAGAUAGCUGGAAGCCAAAAGCUGCUGAGCAUGUGGUAAAAAGAGACUUUCCUUCUAAUGUUAUUGCUCACGUGAGCAUGGUGGUGAUGGUUGUGGUGGCCGCGCUUGUGUCAUGAUGCUGGUGCAGGUGGUGGCAAUUACUCCAGCAGCAUGGGGAUGGUGAUUGCCCGCGGCCCAGUAGCGUGAGGCGUCUGGCGGAGUGCUGCGCGAGGAUUUUCGCGGCUUGGUGCGCCAUGGUGAUUAUAGUAGCCUGGUGCGCGAUGAUUAUUACAGUCGCAUGGUGCGCCGCCAUGGCCAUGGUG